ACUAGGGCUAAUCACUAAUAGCCUGUGACCAUUUUCCUACUUCAACUUCAAUCUCUCCCUUUCUUCAACCCUCGUCGCACCUUCUCACCCUUUCUCAAUGUAAGUGUUUUUCCACUUGUUCAUUCCCUCAAUUUCUUCAACUCCUCAUACCCCCUCAAUUUAUGACUAUACUUUUCACUCAGAUUUUUCUGAGCUAUGAGUUUCGAAUUGGGGUAUUUGUUCAUGUUUAAACCCUACCCUUCCACGUGUUUCGUUAGCUGUUUUCGAUAAUGUUAUUUAUCAAGAUUUUGAAUCUUUGAUUCUUUAGUAGAAAGUUGGGGUUGGGGUUUUUCUGGCUUUGGGGGUGCUCUAGAUAUGAUUAAACAGAUAUUCGGUAAAAUACCUCGCAAACCCUCAAAAUCUUCUCAUAAUAAUUCAAACGGUGAAGGAGGGAUCAAUGAUGGUUUCUCACUGAACUCAUCUUCUGGGACCAAUUCCAAUACCCUCUUGAAACCCAAUUCAGUUUCUUCGAAAUCUUCAAGCUCUGGUUCAGUUGGGUCUCGUUCUGGGAAUGAGACUAGUGCUCAACAGUUUACAAAUCAAACUAAGAAAUCAGCUCCACCAACGGGUUCGGUAAUGGCUUCUGCGGUUUAUGAGGCUUUGCCUAGCUUUAGGGAUGUUCCUAGCUCCGAGAAGCAGAAUCUUUUUAUUCGAAAGUUGAAUAUGUGCUGUGUUGUGUUUGAUUUUAAUGAUCCUGCUAAGCAUCUCAAAGAGAAGGACGUUAAGCGGCAAACUCUACUUGAGCUUGUUGACUACGUUUCGUCUGUGAAUUCCAAGUUCAAUGAGUUGGCGAUGCAGGAGAUGACGAAGAUGGUGGCGACCAAUUUGUUUCGUGCUUUGCCUUCUUCCAAUCAUGAUGGGAAGUUGGCUGAAAUCUGUGAACCUGAAGAGGAGGAACCUGUUAUGGAACCGGCAUGGCCUCAUCUGCAGAUUGUGUAUGAAUUUCUCUUUAGAUUUGUGGCUUCACCAGAGACGGAUGCUAAGCUUGCUAAAAGAUACAUUGAUCAUUCGUUUGUGUUGAGGCUGCUUGACCUUUUUGACUCAGAAGACCAAAGAGAGAGGGAUUACCUGAAGACUAUUCUCCACCGUAUUUACGGGAAGUUCAUGGUGCAUCGGCCGUUCAUUAGAAAAGCUAUCAACAAUAUCUUUUACCGGUUCAUAUUUGAGACAGAGAAACACAGUGGGAUUGCCGAGUUGCUAGAAAUAUUGGGCAGCAUAAUUAAUGGUUUUGCUCUGCCUUUGAAAGAAGAGCAUAAGCUGUUCCUUGUCCGGGCACUGAUCCCACUUCACAAGCCCAAGUGCGUUGCUCUCUAUCAUCAACAACUUUCGUAUUGCAUUACUCAGUUUGUUGAGAAGGAUGUCAAGCUGGCUGAUACUGUGAUAAAAGGCCUUUUGAAAUAUUGGCCAAUAACUAAUAGCACAAAGGAGGUAAUGUUCCUUGGUGAGUUGGAGGAAGUUUUAGAGGCAACUCAAGCAGCAGAGUUUCAGCGAUGUGUGAUUCCAUUAUUUCGUCGAAUUGGUAGAUGCCUCAAUAGCUUACACUUUCAGGUAGCUGAACGAGCUCUGUUUCUGUGGAACAAUGAUCAUAUUCGAAAUUUGAUCUUACAAAACUGCAAAGUGAUACUGCCUAUAAUCUUCCCUGCUUUGGAGAGAAAUAUACGGGGCCAUUGGAACCCAGCUGUUCAGAGUUUGACUAUGAAUGUUAAAAAAAUAUUCUCUGAAGCUGACCAGGCACUUUUUGAUGAAUGCUUGAUGAGAUUCCAAGAAGAAGAAAUCAAGAAUAAGGAGAACCAAGAAAAGCGAGAAUCCAUAUGGAGACAACUGGAAGAUGUUGCUGCAGCUAAUGCUGUGAGCAAUGAGGCCGUCCUUGUUUCAAGGUUUGUAUCCUCUGUUGCAAUUGCCACCAGUGCGAAUCAAUUGGCAACUGCAGGUGGUUGAGAGCCAUCAGAGAUCCGAAUUGUUUGUUGCUAUGACCCCAUGGUGAGGAACACAGGUGAAUGGGGGUUGAUGUGGAUAUCAGGCUGCUCCUUGUUUCUGGGCUUUUUGUCUCCCAUCAUUUGUUCUGGAAUCAUGGGUUGUAUGUACCAUAAGUACUGUAGUUUAUAAUAGGCAGUGUUUGUUUAGAAGUCUAGCCAUUGAGAUUAUGCAGUGAUACAAAAGCAAUCCUUUCCUUUUGCCACCUUUCUGUAAUUUUAACAUUGGUAGUUUCUAUUUCUUUUAGCCUUUUGCAGAUAAAGAUUCCAAUCCUUGUUCAUAUUUACUGGUUUCUCUGACAGUUAUCUGUUCUUCGCUGGCUGAAUUUACUGUCAUAGUGGAUCCAUUUUUAUUUCAAGAGAGACAA